AUGUCGACAAUCAUGCGCACCCUGCGGAAUCUCCGCAAAGUCGGCAUAAAAGAAUACGCCCAUCAAAUGCAAUACAUUGGCGAUACCAAAGCUGGCACCUACAUCGCAACGGACAAAUACGGCAACAAAUACUACGAGAACCAAGAACAAGAGCUACCUCUACGAACAAGAUGGGUAGAUUACAAACAAAAAGAAUACGACCCCGCACAAAUUGAGCCAGGAUGGCACGCGUGGAUGUCGUAUUUGGUCGACAAGCCACCGACUGAGGAUGCCGUGCUGAAGACAGGGCAGAGGAGUUGGGAGAUUCCGGAGCAUAGGCCAAAUCUGACGGCCAGCAGGGCGGCGUAUAAGACUUAUUCAACGUUAGUCUUCUUUAUUCAUGAAGGGUUGUGA